AAAAAAUUGAUUGACUUCAAUUUUCAUUUGUGUCACCAUAAAUUGGGAGAUAUAUAUUGUGUCCGUGGUAGGAGCCUCUCUAUCUUGUCCUAAAUAGGAAUAGUAGUGGUUUAUAAAUUGGAAGGAAUAAAUGGAGGGCUAGUCCAUUCAUUUCCACUAUUCCUUCAUCAGGUAUCUUGUUGGUGCCUUGGCUAAGUUUCCAAUUUUUGAGGAAGAAAAAAAUAAUGGCAGAGUCAUCGCCUGCACGUUUUGGUAUAUUAUGUUGCGCUGAAAUAGCUCGUAAAGUAUCACGCGCCAUCGCACUUACUCCAAAUGCCACUAUCUCCGCCAUUGGCAGCCGUACGAUAGAAAAAGCAACGGCAUUUGCUAAGGAAAACGGGUAUCCGUCAACUACGAAGGUUUAUGGGAGUUAUGAGGCCGUUCUGGAUGAUCCUGAAGUGGAUGUCGCGUACAUUCCCCUUCCGACUAGCAUGCAUGUGAAAUGGGCUGUGUUGGCAGCCCAGAAGAAGAAGCACGUUUUGUUGGAGAAGCCGGUUGCGUUGAACGUGAAGGAGCUGGAUGCGAUACUGGAAGAGUGUGAGUCGAAUGGGGUGCAGUACAUGGAUGCUACUAUGUGGAUGCAUCAUCCUCGUACUGCUAUCAUGAAAGAGUUUCUCUCUGAUUCUCAGCGUUUUGGACAACUCAAAUGGGUACAUAGCACUUAUACCUUUCUUGGAAACUCGGAGUUUCUUAAGAAUGACAUUCGUGUAAAGGCGGAUCUUGAUGGUCUAGGCGCUCUAGGAGAUGCUGGUUGGUACACUAUUUGUGCAAUAUUGUGGGCUACUGAUUACGAGUUGCCCAAAACAGUGACAGCUUUACGUGGUCCAGAAUGGAAUGAAGCUGGAGUUAUCCUAUCUUGUGGCGCUUCUUUGAAUUGGAAAGACGGAAAGGUAGCAUCUUUUUAUUGUUCGUUUUUAACCAAUACGGCCAUGGAUAUUGUUGUUAGUGGAACCAAAGGUAACUUGCGUGUCCAUGACUUUGUAAUUCCAUUCCAAGAGAAUGUGGCUCCGUUUUACACAGUGGAAGGUUCGAGAUUUGGUGAACUUGCUAUAUCGAUUCAACCUGCACCAAGUGAGCAACAAGUCAGGAUAGAUCUUCCUCAAGAGGCUUUCAUGAUAAAGGAGUUCUCUAACCUGGUCGGAAAUAUCAAAGAGAAAGGUUGUAAACCUGACCACAAGUGGCCAACAAUUAGUAGAAAGACACAACUUGUGGUGGAUGCUGUCAAGGCAUCAAUUGAAAAUGGUUUCGAGCCUGUUGAGGUCAUCUAUUAAUUGGUUGGUGUUCAGCUUAUUUCCUUGUGUAAUCCGAACGCUAUGUUGUUCUAUCUGAAUGUUGUAUUCACUUGGCUGUUGUAUUUCUGAAUAAGGCCUUAUCCUGACUACAUCCAUUGUAGCCUCAGUUUGUUUACCAUGUAUGUAACAUGGGUGUUUGAAACUAUUGAUAAGGCCAGAGAUAGCAACUUUUCUUUUUUUCAUUGA